AUGGCGAAAGGUGGAAAGCUAACCAAGAUCAAAUCGGUGCUAAAAAAGUUACAUUCAUUUGGGAACGGGAAGCCACCUGGUCUGACGAAGUCCAAUUCCGAUGAGGAUGACUACCUGCAUCAGAACUUGACCCAUUCGAAUUCUCAUGCUGUCUAUGUAGGCAAAUCACGGCGGCGCUACCUUAUAAACUCCGAUGUGGCCCAACACCCGUUGUUCCAAGAGCUUGUGGAACGUUCAGGUUCAGGCGAUGGGGAUACCAAUGUGACGAUUGAGUGCGAGGUUGUGUUGUUUGAACAUCUGUUGUGGAUGAUCGAGAAUGCAGAUCCUCAACCUGACGCUUUGCAUGAGCUUGUGGAUUUUUACGCUUGCUGA